UUUCCUUGUUGUAGGCGCCUCAAAUGUCAUAAUAAUUUCCAGUUUCUGAAAAUUACGUUUUAUUUCCUUUUUUGCGUUAUUUUCAAAGUUUUAUUGAUGUCUGUAAUUAUAUAUAAGUGCAAUUAUAUUUUAUUUGCUUUAAUUCUCGUAAUUAUUUGCAUGUUUUUAUAAGUGUUCGCUCAUACGCACCAAGGACCUUUGAUUGAUGUUCUACAAUGAGAAAUAAAGAAUAUCUUUUGAAAAGGUAGCACGUACUUUUGACGCCCACAGUAUUUGUCAAGGGCUUUUUCGCUGCGUGCUUUAGAAUAUAUGAAAGGAAUGGUGCCGUGCAGAAAGUUUUAAGUUUAGUGCGUAUAUAUGGAACAAUGAGUGAUUCUCCGGGGGUCGAGUGGCUGCCGGCCUACAGUCCUGGCCCUCCGCGGCACAGCCCGCUGGGCCCCAUCCCGCGUUUCCUCUACGAAGAUGUCCAACCUCUUGCAUUGCAACAGGAAAACAAUAACAAGGAAAUUGAGGAGAAACUAAAUGCAAAUAAAAUAAAACAUCCCAAGCCAGCUUACAGUUAUGCAAGUAUGAUCAGACUGGCAAUAAGCAGUUCACCAAACGGGAAGAUGACACUGAACGAGAUUUAUAAUUACAUUUGUAAUGCAUUCCCUUAUUAUAAAGAGGCGGGAAAAGGAUGGAUGAACUCAAUAAGACACAACCUAUCGCUGAACAAAUGUUUCAUGAAGGUGGCUCGCAGCAAAGACGACCCCGGCAAGGGCUCGUACUGGGCGAUGGACAGCAGCUACAAGAUGGCGGAGGUCACGCCGCGCCGGCGCAGGAGUCUGCGCAUGGCCCCGUACAGCCCGGAGUGCAGCUCGAACAGCAGCGGUGACACGGCGCUGGCGGGCGCGAGCGUGCCCACGCCGCCGCCCACGCCCACUACGCCCACCGCGCCCACCACGCCCACGACCCCCACCACGCCUGUCUCGCCCAAUGUGAAGGAGGAGGUUAAGGAGGAGUCGGAAUCCAAACACACUGAUGAUGCACUGUCAGCUCUGAUGAACGAGGAACUUAUAGCUGAUGUGGAUAUUAGCAGAGAGCGCUGGUGGUGGUCAGGCGCGCGGCGGCACGUGUGCGAGGUGCGGCACUCGGCGCUCACAGACGACUACGGGAACUUCCGCGACGAGCGGCAGGACGACUGCGACUGCCCCGCGCACGACCUCGACCCCGCCAGCCCUGCCAACCCCCAGCUCCCGACCCCCACCACCCCCGUAACUCCCAUACUCACGACCCCCCUCGUGACCCCGACCCCCAUCGCGACUCUGGUAACCCCGACCCCGCUAGCGACUCAGAACCCCCUGCAACUGACCCCAACUGGAACUAUAGCUAGCCUAGCCCCGCCCCUCCCCCAAUCGGUUCUCGCGACCCCCAGUAUAGCUCUACCGACCCCCACGGGCCUGCCGACCCCCACUGGCCUGCCGACCCCCACGGGCCUGGCAACCACUGGCCUAGCGUUGGGGUUGCCAGCGGAUAUAUCGGUUCUGGCCAGCAAGUGGCACAACGGCGCGUUAUAACAACGGCAAGUCCAGCUCACCUUAUAUUAAGGUCCGUAAGUGUUGGCUGCGAGUGGAGUCGGGCGGUUUAGUGUUGCCAGUAGCACCUUGUUUGGCUCGGGGGAAUGUAAUUAGUGUUUGUAAUUAUUGUUGGUCAUUAUCUACACAUUUGUAUCGAUUUAACAGUCAUUAUUUUUAGAAUUUCAUUGUUUAACCGAUUAACUUUUUUUUUUUCAAAGUUUGAAAUAGACAUAGGGUUUCCUACGAGCCAGCAACGUGGUAACUAUCGUGUUCAUGAUGACAUAUACCAAGUUUUUACCAAUUUUAUUGAAGCGAAAUGUUUUAUAGACAUUUACUUGAAUUAUAUUAUUGUUCAGUGCGUAGAGUAGCGUCGGGCGAUCGGCCGCAGCGGGCUCGCUUCUUUGUGACGCUGCAUGUGCGAGAAUAUAUUAUUUAUUGUAAACGAUACAGAUUAAAAAGUAACAUAUCUACGUUUUGUAGUGUUACCUCGACUAGGUAGGACUUUUUGACGGGGAUAUUCGUAAAUGUAAAAAAAAAUUAACAAAAAUAUAUCUUAAUAUUAACUAACAUUUGAAUGUACGUUUAUUUACAGCGAGAGUUAUUUUCGAGUUAAAGAUAUGAUUAUAUUUAUAUAUAUUUCGAUGCAAACUUGAUACUUUACGUUUCCAAGUGUAGCCGGAUGACGAGCAGAUCUCACAACGACCAGUAUAUCUUAUGUAAUAAUUUAAUAUACUUAAACAUAGUGUUCACUUAACGUUUAGUUCUUAUAUAUGAAUUAGUUUUACGAAUUUAUAGUUUAACGCGAAUAUACGUAAAAUGCUUUUUAGGUUCGUUUAUAGAUUAUUCUGCUUGCCGCUGUUGAAAAUUAACUUCAUAACGUCCACAGCAAUAGGAAAAAUCAAUCUCGCUUGCACAGUAUUUACCUCUCUGUUCAACGUAUAGUGAGUAACAGAGAGGUACGUACUGUGUGACUGAGAUGAAGAGCGUCAGUUAGCCUUUUUUAUUACUAACAACAAUAAAUAACAAGAUAUAUCUAUCCCUUUCCGAUUUACAAAUAAUGUAACGUUAAAAUGUUAAUUAAAAUGAAGAAAUGCAUAAGUAUCAUUGUGAAAAAUCACAUCUUAAAAUAUAAAAGGAUAUAAAAAUAUCAAAACAUUAUAAAAAGGUAUAAAAGUGUUAGAUAUAAUAUUGCUGUGGAUUGACAAAGUAGACUCGUGUGCCAUACGGAGUGUCUCGGCCGGAACGGUCCCAUAUCUCGUUGAAUGUGUUCACAUAUACACGUCUCUAGGGUAGCUUAGCGUAGCCGUGUAAUGUAUAUAAGAGUAUAUGGGGGUCAGUUGGAAUAUACCGCAACCCCUAACCCCCUUUUCGAAGCAUAAUAUUUUAAAUUAUAUAAACGGAGCCGCGCCUCCCUAUAUAAUGAUAUAUGAGCUCGAUGGAGACCAUAGCGUAGGAGGUUAGUGUAAGGACUCGUCUAAACGUGUAAUUUAGUUUCAUUAACGUCCAAUAAUGAAAUUGUAAUAGCGAUGCGGGAUCAUUAUAUUAUAUUAUUAUUUAUUCAAAUCUCUAUCACCGAUCACUGACUCGACCCGAAAGUGUAUAUUUAGAAAUAUUUAACUGUUCGUAAUUAACAUUCCUUAAUUUUCGUGUCAAAAUUAUAUAUAUUGUGUAACAUAAUAGUAAGUUUUAUUUGGUAUAUGAAUAAUAUUCAGUAUUCGAUAAGUAUUGUUAAGUUGGUCGCAAGCGAAAGUAACGACGCGGUGCAUAGUAAGUUGCCAUCACUGAUCGUUUGAUAUUUUAUUGUUUUUCUGUGAUAAUCAAUUUAUUUUCGAAAAAAAAUAUACGAUUCGUGAAUACAUCUAUAGUCCUAAUAUUCGUUAUUUAAAAAGAAUGAUAUUUUAAAUCGAGUAUAUUUUAUUUGUACUUUUCAUAUUGAAGCAUUGUAUUUAGUUUGUGAAGGAUUUUUAUUGUUUUUCAAGAUGUCCGUCAUUGAUUGGGUUCGACAACUCCGCCUAUAGUUGAUAUUACCGGCAAUUUAUAUGAAAUUAUUUUAUUUGUAUGCGACGAUCGUGCGUUAGCCGUUUACUUUAUACUUUAAGAGUAGAAUGUUCUACCUCUAUACAAAUGAUAGUUGAUGUAUAUUAAAACUUUUAACAAA